GGGGCGGUGGCCAUGGCAACCGUGCGCGGGGGCGGCCCGCGCCUCCGGCCUGGGCCUGCUGCGGGAGGCCGCGGGGGUCCCCCGUCGCUUCCUCUGGGGAUCGGGCCCGCCGCGGCGGGGUCCCCUGCCCUUCCGCUACCGGGGCAGGCCCGGGGUGCCCUGCAGCCCCACGGCCCCCUUCACCCCGCGGUCCCCUACCCUGCCGCCCCACGGCCCUCAUGAGGCGACACGCACAGAGCAAGGGCAGUUGCAUCCCCCAGAGGCAGCAGAGGGGUUCCUCUGUCCCCACAAGCCCUGGGGUCGGUUGGGAAGAGCCCCCCGGUCUUCCGCCCCCGCGGUUGGGGCCAUGGGGGCAGGGAUGGUGCCAGGCCGCGGUGCUGGGCCUGGAGCUGGGGAGGACGGGCACCCUCCUCACGGUGGCUCUGUGGUCUUUCACUAGAGAGCAGGCACGGUUGAAAACCAGCGUGGUAGAGGAGGACACUGAGGAGUGGCAAAAGGAUUCACGUUUUACAGGACUGGAGAGAGUGGGAGGUGUGGACUUAUCUUAUAUCAAAGGAGAUGACACCAGCGCCUGCGCCUCCCUGGUGGUUCUCAGCUACCCAGCUCUUGAGGUGCUGUAUGAGGAUUGCCGGAUGGUGGCUGUGAGCGCCCCAUACGUGGCAGGAUUCUUGGCUUUCCGAGAGGUCCCUUUCCUGGUAGAAGCUGUUCAGAGACUUCAGCAGGAGGAGCCCAAGCUCAGACCUCAGGUGGUACUUGUAGAUGGGAAUGGCCUGCUCCAUCCAAGAGGAUUUGGUGUGGCCUGUCACCUUGGAGUCCUGACAGAUCUACCGUGCAUUGGAGUGGCCAAGAACCUCCUGCAUGUGGAUGGCGUGGUCAGGGAUGAGCUGCACAGAGAGCAGAUUCGUUCCCUGCAGAGGGGAGGAGAUACAUUCCCACUGACAGGCACAUCAGGGAGAGUCCUGGGCAUGGUCCUGCGUAGCUACAACAGCUCUAAGCCGCUUUAUAUCUCUGUGGGUCACAAGGUGUGCCUGGAGACAGCUGUGCGCCUGGUCAAGUCCUGCUGCAGGUACCGGAUCCCAGAGCCCAUCCGUCAGGCUGAUAUUAGAUCAAGGGAGUAUAUUCGGAAGCAGCUGUGUUCACCGCUGGAGGUCGUAUCUUCUGGGCCCGAGAGGUAGAAAAAAAGAAGCUGAAUUGGAUGAUUAGUCUGAUGCCAGAAGAAGGUGCAGGGCUCCUUUUCACUGGAUCCUCUCCUUCACCGAGACUGUGGAUCUGUCGAAUGCAACAGCCAAGUGCCCCCCCCAGGGGAGAGUAGUGCAAGGCCGUGUCAGUCAGGACAGCACCAGCCACUGUGCGUAGUUCUGGUGGGCUGGCAGAGCAGCUUCUGUUCAAGGAUAAUGUUUGGAGUUUACUUCUCAGGGCUGAUUUUUGAAUGUUGUAAAAAUGUUUGUGUAAGCAAAGAUGUACUUUUAAGUUUGCCGUGAC